GAGCGAAACACGACACUCCGAGGACGGAGAGAGGCACGGGGGGAGGAGAGAGUGAGCGCCGAGUGGUGCGAGAGUGAGUGGAAGACUGAAAAAGUCCGUGAAGAAAGAGAGGUUCCUUUUUAACGUUAAUUUCUGUCAGAGAAGUAAGGCGGGUUCGCGGCGGAGAAAUGUCAAACAGCGACGAAGAUGCGGUUGAGACGGAGUAAACAGCUACCGGACAGUUAGCGAAAGAAGUUGUUGGAAGAGAAGAGAACGACACUUUUCGCCUGGCUCGAGUCGGGACGGUUGACCGUCUUACUUGAGCAGAUUUGAGGCUGCGAGUUACGGGACGAGAGGACCGACGAGGUGCGGGCAUAAAGCGAGUCCUACUUGUGAGAUAGCUGGUUUAGGACCGCACCGAGAGAUAGAGGUUGGGGGGGAGAGAGUGCCCGGCGGCGGCUUAACGAAUAGAGAGAGCCGCUGGAGCUGAAGCUGUAAAAGUUUGCCUCGUAUCUUCAGCGAGUUCUUGACGAGAUUGGAAAGCAGAGCGGGAGGAAGAGGCCGAAAGACUGACUUUUCUUUCCACAAGCAGCUUUGUGGAAUUUUCCCAGUUUAGCAAACUUUAGCUGUCCUGCCGAAGAGCUAAAGCGGAAAGAAUGAAAACACCUGGAGAUACUGGGUUCGCCUUCCCAGAAUGGGCUUACAAGCCCGAGUCAAGCCCUGGUUCCAGACAGAUCCAGCUGUGGCACUUCAUCCUGGAGCUGCUCAGGAAAGAGGAGUAUCAUGAUGUCAUCGCCUGGCAGGGGGACUAUGGCGAGUUUGUCAUCAAGGAUCCAGAUGAAGUGGCUCGACUCUGGGGGGCCAGGAAGUGCAAACCCCAAAUGAACUACGAUAAACUGAGCAGGGCUCUGAGAUAUUACUACAACAAGAGGAUCCUUCAUAAGACCAAAGGGAAAAGGUUCACCUACAAGUUUAACUUCAACAAACUGGUUUUGGUCAACUACCCCUUCAUUGAUAUGAGCUCCACUGGAAGUAGCGUUCCUCAGAGUGCCCCUCCUGUGCCCACCGGUGCAGGGACCCACUUCCGCUUCCCUCCUUCCACCCCAUCUGAAGUCCUCUCCCCUAACGAGGACCUGCGCAGCCCCGGUGGCAUGUUCAGCUCCGUGGCCCGACGAAUGGCCCGUGGCUCUGUCAGCGACUGCAGCGACGGCACUUCAGCCAAUUCUGAGAUCGAGGAGGGUAACACGGGAGCAGGAGAGGAGAGGGGGGAGAGAGUUGUGAGUGGAGGAGGGCCAGGUGGUGGUGGAGGAGGCUACCGGAGCAUCAUCCACCCCCGUUUGGCUUCUCAUGAAGCCCUGUUCCGCAUGUACGGAGGGCCGGGUAACCCUGCAGGGCAUCCAGGCUCCCGUGGCCCAGCAGCACACCGCAUCCACCCAGAGCCCCUGUCCCCCUUCCCUGCUUCCCCCCUGCCAGGUCCAGGAGGAGCAAGCCUUCUAGCUCCACCUUUGUCUCCUGCACUCUCCAUGACCCCCACAUCUCACCUCCCGUACACUCCCUCGCCCACCCUAUCACCCAUGUUAGGCUCUCACUUCUCCUUUAACCCAGAGGACAUGAAGCGCUACCUGCAGGCCCACACCCAGUCGGUGUACAACUAUGGCCUCAGCCCCAGAGCUUUCCUCCAGUACCCCAACAUCGUCAUCCCCCAGCCCCACCGGCCCGACAAGGCCGGUCUGACUGCAGAGAGAGGAGCGGCCGAGAGGGCGGAGAGAGCCUCGACUGUGGGGGGAGGCGAGAGGGGAGGAGACCGGCACCACCAUCCACCUCUGGGUCACCCGACCCACCACCACCCGCAUCCUCACUCUGCUCACCCUCACCCACAUUCCCACCCCAUGCAUCAUUCACUUCACCUUGGUGAGGAGCCGCCGCACAUGUCCCCCUUCAAGUUCAAGCUGCAGCCGCCUCCACUGGGCAGGAAGCAGAGGGAGGGGCAGAGCCAGAGUAAAGCCAGGCAGAGCUCACUGUCCUCGGGUUCAGGAUCCGGGUCCAUGUCCUCCACCUCUGGCCUGGGCUCCUCGCUGUCAUUCGGCAGUGACUUGAGCUCUGCCAGUGGCUCCGGGCUCAUCUCCGCCUCCUCGUCAACACAAUCUCUAAACAGCGCGGGACUUCCCAAGAUAAAGGUUGAGCCCAUCUCUGACAUAGACUCCGAGGAAGAGGUGGAGGUGACUGACAUUAGCGAUGAAGACCCAGAUGAAAGAGAUGAAGAGUUUGAGCUCUUCGCCCCUCGCCACCCGAGAGCAUCCGACCACCACCACCUUCCUAAUGGCUCAGCCCGGGCCCAGCAACAACCCCACACCGACGAGGACUUAGAAGAAGAUGUGUUCAAAGCCCCCGCUCCUCCUCCACCCGGCCUGAUGCCUUUCUUCACCUCGCAGCACACGCACUCCGGCGUACAUCGCAUGCUGCCCAUCAUCAAGAGCGAACCCGCCGAGCCCGGGGAGAGCAGCACACCCCCAUCUCAGCCACCCGCGGCAGGGGCUCCCCAGACGAAGUGCAUUCCUCUCAAGCUGCGCUUCAAGAGGCGCUGGAGCGAGGACCAGCGCAUGGAGGCCUCGCAGGAGGAGUCAGAUGAUAAAAAAGUACGACCGGAGGAAGAGAGGGAGCGAGAGAGGCAAAGUAACGGACAGAUGGAGAUGGAGGAGGAUGGGACGGGCAGCGGAGGCGGGGACAGUCCUCCUAUGCUGGCGUAUGAAGGCUCUUUAGCAGCACCCCUGGCCUUGCACAGGAGGGUGACUGCCGAGCUGCACCGCGCCACUGCACAGCUGUCUCUGGAGAAUAAAGACUGCUGAUGA